UGAGACAAUAUUGUCGAUCAAAACCACUGCAAAAACCCUAGCCAACAAUUUCUAGAAAAAAAAGAAGCAAUAAGGAUCCGAUGGGGAGGUCGAGAAGGAAAUACAAGCAAUCUCGUGCGAAGGUGAAAGUGGGUCUUCCGAGAAAAAAUCCUCACGUCUUCAAGCAAUCCUUCACUCUCCCUCCGAAGCUCCGCUCCCUCGUCGAGGUCGACGAUGCCCACUCCAAGUGGGACGACAAAGCCAGCGUCAUUCAAAACUACAAAUCCUUCGGCGUCGUUUCCAACCCUAAUUUCCUCGGCGUCCGUUAUCGUACUUCUCACAUCGUGGAAAGCGAUUCCCUCCAAGUCCCUCAGCCUCCGCCUUCCGAUCGACCCGCCGAUGAAUUCGAGCCCAUUGAUUCCGGCAGCGAUCUCGAAGAGGAUGACUUAAAAACAGCAUUGGGGAAGAAGCGAAGAGAUGGAAAAAGCACACAUUUACAACCAUUGACUACUAUGCAACGUCUUCAUGUAGGUCGGCUGAUUGAGAAAUAUGGCGAUGACUACCAGGCAAUGUUCAUGGAUACAAAACUAAACAAGAUGCAGCACUCGGUUGCAGCUCUGGAGAAACUAUGCAAGAGAUAUCAUAUGUUUGGAGAUAAAAAUCCUUUGAUAUUACUCAGCUGAGAAUGUGACAAGUUUUUGCUUGUCAAUCUCUCAGGGCUCUUAAAAAAUUAUGGCUUUUCUCCAUUUUCUAUUUGUAGUAUGAUCAGGAUGUUGUAUGGAUAGGCAGUGAUCCCUGUAGCCUUGCUCAACUUUCAAUUUCGAUUAUUGUAUUAUCUUGGCAAAGAAACAAAAUUAUUCAUUAUUCAUUUUCAUUAGAAGAUUUCAUUGGUAAA